CUUAACGAACGAACAGCGAACGCAAACUUUCGUUGUCAUUAUUUAACGGAUAUAAUCAAAAGUCUCAAAUUGCUGCCUGUAGCAAACACCGAAUCUGGUCGAAUUAUGGUGUUUGAUGAAAAAAUACAAACAAACAAAAAAGACAAACAACUUAAGAAUACAAACACGAACGUUCGCGUUCACUAUUCGUUUGCUAAGUGCCAAGUGUAUACCCAGCUUUAGACACAUUUGCAUGGUCCAAACAGGUUGCUAGAAAGACGAAGCACAAGAUUUCGUUAAAUGCAAAAUUGGAGAGUCUCGAAGAACGGUUGAAGAUGGUCAGAAAGCAUGCUGGCGAUUUGGCUGUGCGACAUGACUUCAAUCAGAAGCUGCUCUCUGAGCAUUCGGUCCAGCUGGAGACGGAGGAUCACCUCUACCGAUUAAGCGGCAACACCGAGUCGUCGCUUCGCCAAGAGGCGCGUGAAUUCGAGAAGGAAUGGACAGAUGUGAAUCGCAGAGUAUCGAACGUGGAGAAGGAGUUACUUAAGAUGAUGAGGAAACUGGCCGAGGCGAAACAGAUGGUCCAGUUUGACGAGGAUAGUUUACGCAAGUGGGAAGAGAUGCUUGCGCAAAAGGAGGAGGAUAAUCAGUUGAUAGAGAAUUACAUGAAGCAGGAUACACAGAAAUACAAGGAAUUGGAGCAGAAACGGCAGAAACUCAGCAUGGAACUUGAAACUUAUCGUCAAGCUAUUGUCAAAAACGUCGGUGAGGUACAGGAAAUGGAGAUCGUUCUGGACCGUACAGCGAAAUUGUACAUGGAAGCGUUAAAAGAACGCAGACAGAUGAUAAAUCAAUGGACGCAAAGCGUCAACGUUCUGCGCCAGAGGGACAACGAUAUACAGAAUAGUCUAAAAGAAAUUGAAACGUUGCGAGAGAUCGGUAGGGAAAAAAAGAAUAAUCUCGAAGAAGUAGAACAAUUUUUAAAGGAUCAAGUUGUCAACAACAAGCAGCUGGAGGAGUUGAUUAAACGAUCGGAGAAGGAACUUGGUGUAGUCCAAGAAAAAAAGCGCAAAGUCACGGAGACGAUUGAUAUCUACGGCAUCGAGCUGCAUACUCAGAAGAAAUUAGUGGGGGAUUUGGCACGUCGUACACAACAAAUUCGGGCCAAUGCGAAGCGCAAAAGAAUUGAGAUCGAGAACAAACAUAUAAAGGUGGACAAUUGCAAGAAGCGAAUCAGUGAUUUAACGUUGACUUUAGAAGAGAUUGAGAGUCAAAAAUUAAACGUCGAGGAGAGAACGAAGCGUUUGGAGAAAAUGAUUGAGCAUGAUGAAAAGCGAAAAUCCGCGAUCGUCAAGGAAUUGAAUCGGCUGCAAGGUGCGAUUUUACGCGCAACGAAAAGGAUUGUAGAAUUGGAGAAUGAAAGGAAGAUCCUGCAGAUGGAAAUGCAGAGCGAACACAAGAAAGUUGAUCUGCUCAAUACCUUGCUUACGAAAGAGAACAAACUUCUGGGGGAGAAGAAAGAGGCUCUUUAUCAAGUGGAUUUCAAUCUGCAGAAAUGCGAGAUGAAACUCGAACAGAUCAGAGGACACGAGCGCGACAAGAAUGAAGCCGAGAAGAAACAAGCGAGAAUCGAGGAGCUGCAAGCUGUACUGAAAGAGAAAACAGCUACAUCUAAAUUGCUGCAAAAUCAGAUUGUCAGUUUGGAGCACGAUAUGAGAAAAGUAUCUAGUUGCUUAUCGAGCGAAAACGAGGAGCUCGAACGGUUACGGAGCAAAAAGCAGGAUCUAUUGUUGCUGUUAGACGGGGGUGAAAAGCGGCUGAAAAUCGCGCAAUCCCGAAACGAGGAGAGGCAAGUUGAAGAAAAUAUAAUGCGCCUUCGGGUGUCGCAGCUCGAGAGAAUGACAUCGAAUGUAAGCGAUAAAGUCUAUGAUUUGGAGAAGUACCGUCUUCAUCUCGAAGCUGCGCUUAGGGAGCGCGCAACGGAGAUCGCGGCACAGAAAGAGGCGCUUGCCGUGCAGAAGAGGGUCGCUGGCAACGAGUGCUCGGAGCUGCGCACUGCUAUUGCCGAGAGAAAAAGCAGGAUACGGCAGUUGCAAGCGCGAUACGACAGCGGCGUCGCGACGAUGGGUGCCACCCCGGAUGGAGCGCCGAUGAGCACCGCGUACUUGAAGAUACAGAGCGCUCAAGAGCGGUACAUGCUGCGAGAGCAAGGCGACAAGCUGGACGAGGCUAUAAAACGAACCGAGCAGGAAAUACGUAGCAUGGAGACCACGCUGCGGGUGGUAAAUGUGUGUAAUGACAAGUAUAGAGAUAGUAUGAGCGCGGUUGAUCAGGACGGACCUGAAUGGACGGAACAGAAAAAGCUCGACGAACAGAUGCAUGACGCGCGGCAGAAGCUACUGCAAAAGCAGAUGCAGCUGCAACAAUUGUUCGAGGAACUGCAGAAAGCGCAGAAUGAUUAUACUCAAUUGCUCGAUGAUAUCGAGAAAGCAAAGGAAGAAAAGGAAAACAAGGAACGUUACUUAUCGGGUAUUGAGAAACAGACGACAGAACAAGGAGAGAAGAUAUCCAGAGCUGACAAGAGUCUUCGUAAGGCACAGAAGGAUAUACAAAAUUUAUAUAUUUCUAAAAGGGACGAUACCGUGCUGCUGCAACAGAGAGAAGUGGAACUGCGAGAGCUUCAAGAACAAAAUGCGCUAGUUCUUCAAGACAUCGCAGAGUUCACGAUUCGUCAUGUGGAAGCUGAAGCGUAUGUUAAAAAGUUGCUGAUGGCCAAGAACAUCGAGUUACCAUGCUUUCCUCCAUCGAUUAGAUCGCCUAUGAGUCCUUCCGGCAGUUCCAUAGGCUCGAUAGAUCAGCCUUUAAAGAGCACGAGCCGCAUGAGCAUGUCUAAGUCUAAAUUAACAGAAGUUGAAAGUAGUAAAAGUUUCGGAGGAUGGCAGAAGGUAUAUACACACAACAGUACAGAAUUAGGAUGCAAGAUGAGAUUCGCUGUUUACAUACCACCCCAAGCUGAGAAGGAACCAGUACCCGUUAUCUACUGGCUAUCAGGUCUCACCUGUACCGAGGCUAAUUUUACUCAGAAAGCCGGAGCGCAGAAACACGCUGCGGAUUACGGCGUGCUUCUUGUCAUACCCGACACUAGUCCAAGAGGAUUGAAUAUUCUUGGAGAGGAUGACAGUUAUGACUUUGGUAGUGGUGCCGGAUUCUAUGUAGAUGCGACGCGCGAGCCAUGGAAAAAGAAUUACAAAAUGUACAGCUACAUUACCAAAGAAUUGUCAACGUUGAUCCAUGAAGAAUUUUCAACUUUGCCAUCUAAACAGUCCGUAAUGGGCCAUAGUAUGGGAGGACAUGGCGCUUUAAUUUGUGCUCUUAAAAACCCUGGGAUGUUCAGGACUGUCUCAGCUUUUGCACCCAUAUGUAAUCCAAUCUUGUGCCCAUGGGGAAAAAAAGCCUUCUCAGGGUAUCUGGGAGAAUCAGAGGAUAAUGCCGCAUGGAAGGAUUGGGAUGCUACAGAAUUGGCAAAAAAAUAUAAGGGCCCAGUUUUGGACAUUUUAAUCGAUCAGGGCAAGGAGGACUCGUUCUUGAAACAAGACCAGUUAUUACCAGAGAAUCUACUAAAUGCUGCGAAGGAUAAUGGUAUCGCGCUUACUCUCAGAUUUCAGGAUGGUUAUGAUCACAGUUAUUACUUUAUAGCUACAUUUAUUGAAGAUCACUUCAAGCAUCAUAUGAAAUAUCUUAAAAGCUAAGUCUGUGCCCGAAAUUAUCGUUAAAAACAUUGGAACUUUGAUAUCGUAAUUUACAUUUUUACGAGAUUUAUU